AUGCCUACCCCACCAACCGCAACGCAGCUGGAGCUCGUAGCAAUUAUCCCGAGAGUGACGGGGUCUCUCUCGAUUUUAGGGUCUUUGUACAUUGCUUGGGAUAUUCUUCACAGGAAAAGGAUAUCCCAGACCAAGGUAUCCGACCGUUUCUUGAUUGGAAUGAGCUUUUGUGACAUUCUGGCGAGCAUUUCAACACCUCUAAUCUGGAGCAAGGCCCUUCCGCCCCCUUUUGGAAAUGGAUCUCGAGCAACCUGCAAUGCCCAAGGCUUCUUUGGGCAGUUUGUGACUGCCACGGUCUUUUACUCGGGAGCUUUGGCGCUCUCCUACUUGCUCUCCAUCAAGUAUGGGUACAAAGAGCCACAACUUGCCAAAAUGGAGCCAAUAGUCCAUGUGCUUAUUCUGGCGUUUGUGCUCAUCUCGGGGGGCGUAUCAAUUCAUUUGGAGCUAUACAAUCCAACUCCCUUUUCCUGCAACAUGAAUGCAUUCCCGAUGGGUUGUCCAUCCAGGACGCCCUGCAUACGAGGUGAAAAUGCAAAUGUCUGGAGAUUCCCCUUUCGGACCAUCCCAGAAUAUGCCACUAUCGCCUUUUGUACCGUUGCAAUGAUAAUGAUCUACUGCUCUGUGCGAGAGGUUGAAAUCAAGGCUAGACGGUGGACCUUUGGUGCACGGAUGCCAAGUGAGGAAGGCUGUCAUUUCCGUGAGCCUUCCCCUCAUCCGCAAGAGCAAGAGCAACAACAACAACAACAACAAUCAUCACCGUCCGAGCAAUCCACACUGGCUUUGGAAGAGUCAACAGAAACACUGCCGCAGUUGCACCAACCUGCAAACGACAAUGCCUCUGAAGAAAUGGGAUUGAAAACCGGUUCAGUUGCAGGGGUACAUGAUGUGGAGGAAACGAAAAGUCAACAUGCUCCAGAUGAGGAUGCUAAGCAAAAUGGCAACACUUGUGCCAGUUCAUCACAGGUUCUCCUAUCGAUCCCAGAUGUGGACAUGGUGGAGGAACAAAAUCUCCAGCUCGCUUUGAUUGGGGCGCAAGCUGCAACACAACACCCAACUGCGACGAGAAUUGUUCCGGUGCCUUCAGGUGACAUGGAAAAAGCAACAUCUCUGAAGCCGACACUCCCAAUAUUCACAGAUGUGACUGCCCCAACAGCUCCAGAUGGCACCAAAGGCACUUCCACAAAACUUCCGCCGACUCCGAAUGUGGAAUUGGAGAGGGGUAAAAAAGCUGACGAAGGCACUGGAGCAACAAACACGAAUUCUUCAAAAGUGCUGCAGUGUCCUGGAACAGAAGAAGCGUCCAACGAAGACGACAAGCCAGUUCAACCGAACGAUGUAUCGUUUUCUCGUAUGAAACGAUCUACGAGCCUGUUACGAUCUACAAGUAGUAUGCGGCGCAGCAAUACAAGCCCCUUGAGCAGGGAUGUGGGAAUCCAAGGAAUCUGCUUCAUUCUAGCCCUUUUGCUGACGUGGACGGUUCCAACCAUUGUCCGGUGCUUGAUUCGAAUUGGAGGGCGCAGUUUGAGCUUUCAAUGGUUUAUUGCCGUCAACGUGUUUCUACCGCUGCAAGGCUUUUUCAACUUUUUGGUAUACAUUAGGCCCAAGCUAUGGAGACGGCGGCAAAAAGGCAGCAGUCGUUCUGGAAGCCGCAGCUUUAGCAAUGCUUCGCCUAGACGACAACGACUAGGUGGGGCAAGUUCGGGUGGGUUGAGUGCGUAA